GGGGCGUGGCCAACCCCGCUCGGGAAGCUCGCCCAGAGCCGGCGAGAGGACGCUGGAGGGCGCGCCAGACGCCGCGGCGUGGCCUGGUGGAGGCGAGCCGGCCAUGGAGGACGAGCAGAGCUUCUCAGACAUCUGCGGGGGCCGCCUGGCCCUGCAGCGGCGCUACUACUCCCCGUCCUGCCGGGAGUUCUGUCUCAGCUGCCCUCGGAUCUCGUUCCGCUCGCUCACCGCAGUCACCUGCACCGUGUGGCUGGCGGCCUACGGACUCUUCACGCUUUGCGAGAACAGCAUGAUCCUCUCUGCUGCCAUCUUCAUCACCCUCUUAGGCCUGCUCGGGUACCUCCAUUUUGUGAAGAUUGAUCAGGAGACUCUGUUAAUCAUUGAUUCCCUUGGCAUCCAGAUGACCUCAUCCUAUGCCUCAGGCAAAGAAAGCACCACCUUCAUUGAGAUGGGCAAGGUGAAGGAUGUGGUCAUUAAUGAGGCUAUUUACAUGCAGAAAGUGAUUUACUACCUCUGCAUCUUAUUGAAGGAUCCAGUGGACCCACAGGGGAUAUCCCAAGUAGUACCUCUCUUCCAGUUCACAGGCUGGGCUGUGGGCCUACAAAGGGACUCCUCCCAGCGAGGUGCUGUGAGGCCUGAACUUCUGCCUCUGAGGCCACACCCGUGCCGUUUGGACCCCCUUGUCGUGGGUGAGAGACUGCAGAUGCAGCAGCCCUGAGCACUCUGACGUUCAUCCUGACUCUGCACUUCUCCCCCUUGGAAUUCAGAGUGCCAAGCCCCGGCUGGACUGCUUGAUUGAAGUAUACAGGAGCUGCCAGGAGAUCUUGGCACACCAGAAAUCCACGUCAACCAGCCCGUGAGUCCCAGCAUUCGUGAUCAGUAUUAUCUCCCAGGGGAGGUGACUCCUCAGCCACAGCGACUGGUUUAUUUUCCGGAUUCUAAACCAUCAAGUGGAUGCAGGCCCAGUAACCAGUCUGGAUGCGGCGGAUCCCAGAGCCAUAGAGCAGCUGACUGGAAAUCUAACUUAUUUUCCGUGCGAUGCAGCGGAAAAUAUUUAUGUAUGUUUUAGGGUUUCCCCUGUCAGGUUUUGUGUACUUUACCAACUGAGGGGAGACCUCGAAACCAUACGUCAGAAGUAACACUGACAAAGAGCACUUUGUGAAAUUCCUGAGCACAUUCAAGUUUACUUUUUGUUGCAAUUUGUGGAGCAAGAAAAUGGGAAAUCGAUUAUCAGAUCUCUUGAGAAAGGUAAUUUCCAAUUGCACUGUACCCCUGUAUAAAAGUUGAGAGGGAGGGAAAAAAAAGCCCUUCAGGUACUGGUUGGUAGGAGGAAAUGUCCUACAAAAGAUGAGCCUCUGCCCAUCUAGCGCCCAUACAGGGUUAGCUUAUGAUGAUUCUCUUAAUAAGCAGAUCUCUUUCCAAAACAUACAAGGAAUUGCUUGGUUCAGGCAGCUGCUUUUUAUUGACAGACUUGAUCAUGGCAUUUCAGUCAUGGGGGUUAAGCACAUUAAUACUCUCGUUACUCAGCAUUGUCUAUGGUUUCAAAAACUUCUUUUGCCAAGAGGGAUGAGACAAAAAGCCAGACAGAAAUUUGACUCUGGUUUCCAGAUAUGUUAAAGGCCAGACUACAGAAGCCUCUGUUUACAUGGCAGUUUCUUCUGUGUAAAAUUAACGAAUUAGGGCAGGAUUCCUGAAGGGCUGGGAAGAAGAUGGGGCGGGGGAAUAGCUGGAUCCCCAAAUUCAGUAUGAACACAGCUCCAGUCUUGCUUACUUUUUCUUUGGGAUUUUUUUAAAAAUUCCUGGGUAGGUGAUAAUAUUCUUAUUUACUUUAGAGCCACUCAAGAUCUUACAAAACUAGAGCUGUAAUUUCUGCCUUUUAUACCAGCCCUGGAAGGGUUAUUCAGGAGCCUGCGGGGACAUGGGACAUGUCACCUGUUGAGGUAGAAAUGUCUCAGCUAAAUCCCAAAUCCUGGGGGAAGGGCAGGAACAGAAAUGGGAGACAGCUAUAAAAUUGCCAGCCUGGCAAAGUCAAGUUUGUUUAAAAGAGGCCGACACUCUGAUGUGCUGCUUUUUUCGUCAUGCCUGUUGAUGUAAAGAGUGAGAGAGCAGAAGCUUACAGCCACUAAGGUGUUCCAGUAAACCAGUUCCAGCCUUGCAGUUCUUGCAGUGUGCAACACACACACACUUUGUUGGGGUUAAAGGCCUGGUUCUUGGAUGCUACUGCUAAAUCCAUAUCGUUUGUUCAGCCUUUAUUGACAAAUGGUAAGACUGCCUUAGAACUAUGAAAUAAAACGCAGUUUCUCCAGUGUUGGAAAA